AUGUUUCCAGCUUCUGUUUCAUCAAAAAUAGCAUUGGCUAACACUUUCCGCCUGUCUCCACAGGUACAACAGAUUCAAGCAGUGUCGCCGUAUAUUGAUAUCUCUACAAAUGCACCCCUUACUUUCUUCCGUGAGCCGCCAGCUGAAGUCCAGUGCAGUACUCAUCCUCAACGUGAACAUCCGGUGCCCACUCGGUGGAAAGACGCUGGCAGCUGGGGUGCACGACACCACCAUGAUAACGCUCCCUUCACGCUCUGGGUAGAAGAAGCACGAGUAUUCCGCUCCCCCACCAAAGAGGAAACGCAGUGGGUGUUGCAGACGUUCGAGGCCCAACACAUGGGCAUGAGCGGCUGGUACAUGUGGAUCGAAACAAGCAACCCACCCAAGCCCAUUCCGCUCACAGUUGGAUGCACGCCGGUCAUGUUUGUUGAUGUCCGGCCUACAAUACCAAUCCCAAAAUUUCCCUACCCAAACCCUCGCCUCCAAGAUCCGUGCCCCGGCGUGUACUGGCCAAAGAUGUCGUUUCCAACAAGAGAGCAAAACGCAAAAGUCCUGACUUCUCUUGCAGCUUUUGCUAAUAUCCUGGCAAUUGUUUACCUUCCUUGUUGGACGAUCGUUGAGCUCUACUACGGCGACGGGCGAGUUUACGAGCCAAGAUCAUUGCCGGGGCGUGUCGCAGGUCGGACGAGUCUGUACCAUCAUACAGGGAAACCUUUCUACUACGAUAUGCAAAGUCAGACACGCGCUCGAUUACUAGACCCCGCGCAGCACGUAUCUAGUCUGAUGCCACAGGAUGAUGGUAACUAUCUCCGAGGCCAAAAAUUGACCCCCGGAUGCAGAGUGGAAAGUGGGUAUGGCCCAAUUGAUUCCCCUUUUCAGUUCGCCACAGCCGCGACAACCCUCGGCGUGAAACUCCGGAACGUGCGGGGACAAGAGAGGGUCACUGUUGCCCACCAUGGCUUCCUACACUCCGGGGACGUCUGGCACCCGAAAACAUACGACGACCUUAUUGGUACCGUUGACGACACCCGCCCGGAACUUGAUGUCGCCCUGGUCCACCUCACCCCAGCUGCCUCCGCAAGCUUCACUAACAGCUGCUACUUCCAGGCAGAACCUCCACGAAGUUUGAAACCUGGGGACAUGAUCGAGGCGGGCUCGUGGAGUGAAGUGGAUGGGAUGAGUUCUGGAUUGAUCAGCCUGCUCACAGUGGGCAAAUACUUCAGGCGACCACAACGUCCCCCGGGAUGGCCUGAAAUUCCCUUCGAGCAUUGGCGGCCUGACUCCGUCGACACGGUCUUUGGAGCAAUCAACCCGGUGAUAGCAGAGGGGAUCUCCGGGGCGCCAAUAGUUGAGGUAGAGAGUGGCGCAGUGACAGGCUUCUUCCAUCUUUUCAACGGUCUCGAUUGCAUCAGCGCCCACCUGGACGACCUGAUUGUCGAGGGGUGGUAUGUUGUUUGA